AUGGCGACGGCUAAUACCUACCAUGAAUUUCAUCGAAAGGUGUCUUAUCAGCCGGGAGUGGCUGGUGCAAUCCCUCCCGCACCAUCCGUUAUCGAUGUAUGGCUCGUUGGGUGUAUCAAACCUUCGCCCGGUUACGAUAACUCCGCACGCAUGGAAUCAGUCACCGUUCAACGAUGGAUGGCGAUGACCACGCUCAGGCAACAUGAUGAAGAGAAGUAUUUGCAGGUAAUGUCUGCCUGCAGGUUGCCACUCUUCUGGAAAAUCUAUCUGUCUACCCUGGCCGGGCUGAUCCUGUACAACGAAUACCUCAUUCACAUCUACCACAGCUUUCAAUGGGCUGAGCUGGAAUGUGAAACCGAUAGCUGUGUGAAGAUUCUCCUUGUUGCUGAUCCGCAAAUUUUGGGCAACACCUUCGACACCAAGCUGUAUUGGCCACUGGCAAACUAUGACUCCGAUCGGCAUUUGAAGCGCACCUAUCGAAGGGUGGCACAACACACCUCACCCGAUGUGAUCUGCUUUUUGGGUGAUCUGAUGGAUGAAGGAAGCGUAGCUAGUGACGAUCAGUUUGCAGCAUAUUUUAGCCGAUUUGUGAGCAUUUUCUCGCAACCGACGGCCAGUACCAUAAUGUUGUACAUUCCAGGCGACAAUGAUAUUGGCGGAGAAGGCCAGGAGAUGGUUAAAUCGGACAAAGUCUUAAGGUUUAAGCAGUAUUUUAACGAGCAAGACGAACUUACAGUCCAGUCCAUGCUGCGAUUCGUUAAUGUUAAUCGUAUCAGCUUCACGGUUCCACAAAACACCGUAGAAAGUAUGCAAGAAAGUCAAGUACUUCCCUACACCGUGCUGCUGAGCCACAUGCCAAUCCUUCGACAUACGGAUCAAUUCACAUAUCAAAUCAUCGACGAAUUCCAGCCGAAUGUGAUUUUUUCUGCUCAUGAACACAAAUCCUUGCACGUUAAAACGCACCGAAAUAGGCUGUCGCAAGGCGUCACGUUCGUUCCACUCAAUACCGAGCGGGGGAGUCGUCAUGAAGUGCUGGAGUUUAACCUCGAUUAUCUGAGAGAUACGCGCGAACUGCUGGAGUUCGUUGUGCCCACCUGUUCAUACCGGAUGGGAGAAAUGAAGAUUGGAUACGGCUAUGCAAUGAUCGAUGGCGACAAGCUGAAAUAUACCGUCCUCUGGACGUCGCAGCGGUUCUACCAGCUUGCAGUGUAUUCGAUGAUGCUCAUACCAUUAAAGCUCGUUUGUGGCCAGAUUUGGUGCAACGUAUUGAAACGAUACUGGUGCUGCUGUCGAAAGCGUCAACAUCGCAAUUACUUACCUCUACCACUGGCAUAA